AUACCCAAGUGGUGCAUCACAGGUCUGUUGGACUAGCGCUCGGACGAGGGUACGUAAUGUGCAUGGCUUGGAAAGCCCCACCGCCGGCUAGACAACUGUUUUAAUGCCUCCAGUGAUAUAAUUACACCUGCGGGACUAUUUGAUUUAUGACGUAGCUACAGACGGAAGGCACUGAAAAAAGACAUAGCAAUUGCUCUCUGAGGGAGAAAUUACAUCAUGUAACCCCAGAUCAACAAACCCCCCACAGUCGUCUACUACUGCUAAGCCCUUGGUUGUAAAUUAGUCUGGAGCUUCUAUACUGGGGCUCAGGUCCCAGCCCCCCUACUGCCAACUUCCAGAGACACAUUCGUGGAUAUCCCUAUGGAUCCUUCAGCUAAUCUUUCAGACAGUCGGUCUGAGUCACUGAAGACUCUCUCUGACACGCAUACUGAGGAAAUGGAGCCUUCACUUCCCAAUAAAACCACAUAUGUGGAAUCACUUGUUUACAAGAGACAUGCAGAAGCUGUUGCGGAUCCACCAAAGCCCCUUUGCUGUAUGAACAAAAGCGUUUCCAAAAGACCUGAAAUUGAAACCGUGUCCGACCACGAUUGUUUGAGAUCUUUGUCGCCAAACGGUACCUCGCCAGAAUGGCGUUUCGUAGACGACCACACAAACCUUCAACCAAUUUCAAGUGCAGUUAACUGUCACCGGAAAAAGAGUGAUUUGAGCGUCCAUAAAUAUAGUACACCUUCCACAAGCAACUCACCUCAAAUUACACGUUGCCUUCCAUCAGCCCCCAGUUGUCACACAGUGCCCUCAAAAACCCUCCCAGACCUCUACCAUAAAGAAGCAGCUGUACAUUACAGUCUGAAGCAAGAUCCCAGUACUAGUAAAGCUCAUAGGAUGGUGUCACCUACUUUAAUCAGUUUGAUGGAUCGACCUCAAUCUGAUCAAACGGACCCUGAGACUGAAUGGACCCCCUGCAGCCUGGAACACGACAGUAACAACAUUGAUCCUUCCACACUCUUAUCAGAUCUUUCGAGUGGUUUGACAGAGAGCGACUGUGCUGUGGAGCAUCUGUUUAUCUUGGAGAGUGAGACACAGGACUUCCUCAACCUCAGCAGCCAAUCCAAUCCAGCCUUGGACAACCAGAUAUCUUCUGACAGACCCUCAGUGUUUCCCCAGAGCCUCUUUAGUAACACACUUAUCCCCAGUGAAGACAUUUUGCAAGGGGCUAUGACUGAAUCCCAUAACCAUUUAUUCAAAAAUGUGGACUUGGAUUCAGACUCUGAACCGUGUACCCAACAAAUUGGGCUGGAACCGCCAACUGGAACAGACAAUGCCUGGAAGCAUGUUACGCCAGUGGGUGAAACAGGGUCAACCAGUCAUGUAAAUUCCCAAGUGGUGCAAAGCGACAACCCCAUUGAUCUAUGGAUGGACGCCUGUCAGUAUAUGUCCAGCGAGGACAAAGGAGCCGGCAAGCCAGACAGCGAGGGGAUCAUUGUGGACCAGUCGGGGAAUUCAGCAUUGAGUGAAGGGGCUGAUAUCACCGCCUGGUCCUGGCCUUGUCCUUCUGCAGACAGAGAGAUGUCCGGUCACCCCUCCAUGGAGCAGGGUGAUGCAAUGCGGCGUGUGUCCAGCGGUGACAUCGGCGUUUGGGGGCCUCCUCUCAUCGAGAGGUGGUCAUCGGUUGACAGCUGGGAGACGGCGCUCUCAGACUGGGCUGCCAUCAUCGCAUCUCCCCCGGAGGAGAUCACGGCCGCCUUCACGGAGAUCGGUGCGGAGAUAGACGCCCUGACACAGGCGCUCGCACGGGAUUCAGAGGCGCGUAAUGCGAUGGCGUUGCUAGUGAAGACAACCGGCCACGUGAGCACACGGGAAGAUACACUCCUGAGGGGCCGGGAAGAUACGGGGUUGUCUGACGUUCACCCCCAGAUGCAGAUGAUGAUGGACGUCCCGGAUCAGUCAGUGGAGUCACAACCCAGUUCUGACCUCUGCGUAAGUCCAGUCGGAAGCAAUUCCACCAUCACCGCCCUCUCCCCUAACACACCAACAGAUCCCGCUGUCGUCGAGGACCACCUUGAGGUUAAGCCAGAAAGUUCAACUGCAACUCCAAGAGAGGAGAACAGGCAUACAGGAGAGAUCAAGAGCGCCCGGGACCAGGACUCGAUUCCCCCUGUAGACACACAUUCAUCACCGAGUGUAUCCUCUGUUAUGUUGACCUCUCUGGGAGAAUGCUCUAUUGACGUAAGGACAGCUGCCCUGAUCUCCGGACAUCCCGGGAUCCUGGCGGUCCUGGAGGAGUCUGAUCCGGAUGUGGUCCAGUUCCGGGGAUAUGUUGGUCCAACGGACAGAGAUGGUGACACAAGCAACGGGGAAGACCACGUUUGGCUUCACAUUGAAGAGGAUGUGGACGAGGACUUGGAGAGAGAGUGCGCUCAGACUGAGCUCAAGUUUGAAGGGCCUCACGGAGGUGCCGUGUAUAAAGUGACAGCGGAGGACCUCGUCCCCCAGCAGGACUCAUCGGUAGCGGACAGAGAUUUACGGCACGGUGCGUCAGAGCUGACUGACUCCCCUCCAACGGUUGUUGAGUCAGAGACGCUCGAGUCAGAAGCUGCCGGAGAGGAACCCUACUGCCUCAGCGACGCCACACAUACCCUGAGGAAUACACACGUGCCCCUGGGGGACGCAAUAAACCAAGCGUCACAUGAAACUCCUCUGCAACAGAAUGUCCUGUGUUCCAGUGAGGGUCCUGCCUCUGCUCUUCCAGCAGCGCCCCUCGCUAUUGGCAGCCGGCAUCUCUGUGUGACCAUUAACGGUUUGGAAGGAGAUCAAGACUUCGCCCGAGUUGAGGUUUUCGAUGACAACAAGGAGGCCAGCUGUCCUCACACAAAGACCUGUGUACCUUUGCCAGCCCUUGAAGCCCCUGGUAGGUCACCUUUGCGGCGCUGCCACCAGAAUAAAACACAGUCCACCGAUGGGACUGAACAUUCAAACUCUGAGGAGGAAAUAAAGGGAGAGUCGCCGGUUAGCUUGGACGAUGAUGUUCUUCAACGAGGCUUGUGUCAUUUAGGAGGCCGCUUUACGACAGACCGCAACGCACUUGAUAUCAACCAAGAUAUCGAGGCCUUGAGUAGAGAACUGGCCAACCUGGUCUCUGUUCCCGGGGCUCAUUUCCUGCACUCGGAGAAGAGACGCCUGGCGUGCUUCACGCUAGACUUGGUGGAUCCGUUCUUCCCGAGGGCCACAAAGGACACGGCACCCCAGGGACUGCAGAACGGGGACCGGCCCGGAGCCGUUGGCCAGGAAGAUCUCACGAUGCCUCACAAAAUGCACAGGAGCAACUUGGACUUUAAGGCGCGACCAAAAAAGGUCGGGCCCACGACUGGGCUGCAUCCUGCCACGCCCACCUGCAAGAGGCAGGAGAACCUCUCUGCUAAUGCCCCGGGGCAGCAGCCCCCCAAGGGGCAUGACAACCACACCAAGGUUGACCCAUUGAAUGGACAGGAGGGUAAGGAGGAUGGCGCCGUUACCGCGGUCAAUGGCCCUACGGUGAGCGACGUGCCCGUCGCCAAGUCAUUAUGCAAGAAGAAGAAGAAACACACCACCCAGAAUGCAACAGUGGUGAAGAUCGAGCCGGAACCGCCGUUGGUGAAAGAGGAGAAAGGCAUCAAACAGAAGGCGAUGGAUGGAAAGAUAAGCGCGUUUGAAGCAAAGUUCGGUCCUAAGAUCAGUAAAACGAAAGAUAAAGUAGCAGUUAUUUCCGGUAAGCUGGAAAGUGCGCAAGCAGAUGGUCUUCAGCAGAAGUCACAGCACCCUGAGGCUAAAGCUUUAUUAGGGAAAGAGCCUCCAAACAGGGGAACCCACGUAAAACUGCAGGAAACCCCUCAGACGAAUCAGAUCAACGAAGACGCAGUUAAAAGGAGGCGCCUCUCGGAAAAGAAGUUUGGGAAGAUGGUGAGUGCUCUGGAGUCUAAGAUCAACAAGACAGAGGUUGCUACGGCGCCGAAGAGAGAGGAAGCCAAGGCUGGCGCUGAUACGACACGCAGGAAGGCCUACAGUGAUGUGGUCAAACAGAAACCCCCUAGAGAAGAGCCCAAGGUGGUGGUGGUGAUCCAGGUGGAGCCGGUGAGCGGAGACCCUCUGAGCUUGUGUCUGUGGUGUCAGUUCAGCGGCGUGGUCAGCGACCACACUGUCACCUGGAGCCGAGAGGGCCGCAGCCUGAGCGAGCUCAAGAGGAGUGGAGGGGAUGAGAGCAGAGUCUCGCUCACCAUUUCUAAGGCCUCUCAUCAAGACUUGGGCAAAUACCGGUGUGUCCUCACCAGCCUGCAUGGAUCACUGAGCCUAGACUACCUGCUCACCUAUGAAGUGCUGAGUCAGAUCGUCGUCCUUGCAACUCCUAAAACCAUCCCAUCUUCCCCCGCCGACAUCGUGGGCAACGAGGAGAACGUCCGCUGCUCCCGGCUGCUGUUCAGGGAGGACUUCCUGUCCCAGCAGUACUUUGGGGAGAACCAGGUGGCCAGCAUCGUCACGGAGCCGGUCCACUUCGGGGAGGGGAUGCACCGGCGGGCCUUCCGGACCAAGCUGCAGGCCGGCCUGGUGUCCCAGCUGGAGCCGGGGAACAUCUGCGUGCUGAAGGUCCACACCUCCAUCACCUACGGGACCAAGGACAACGACGAGCUGGUGCAGAAGAACUUCAGUCUGGCUGUGGAGGAGUGCCAGGUCCAGAACACGGCCCGGGAGUACAUCAAGGCCUACACCACCGUGGCCCAGUCUGCCGAGGCCUUCGGAGAAGUCCCAGAGAUAAUUCCAAUCUACCUGGUCCACCGUCCCUCCAACGCCGUCCCGUACGCCACCCUGGAGGAGGAGCUCAUCGGGGACUUUGUGAAGUACUCGGUCCGCGACGGCAAGGAGGUCAACCUGAAGAGGAGCGACUCGGAGGCGGGCCAGAAGUGCUGCGCCUUCCAGCACUGGGUGUACGACAACACGGACGGGAACCUGCUGGUCACCGACAUGCAAGGCGUGGGUAUGCGACUUACCGACGUUGGAAUCGCAACCUGUAAAAAAGGCUACAAGGGCUUCAGAGGGAACUGUGCCACGUCGUUCAUCGAUCAGUUCAAAGCCUUACACAUGUGCAACAAGUACUGUGAGAUCCUCGGCCUGGCCUCUCUCCAGCCCAAACCCAAGAAGACCUUCUCAGCCCCCAAACCCAAGCCUCAGCCCUCCUCAGCCCUCCCCAAGAAAAAGACAUUCGGUCCCACUGUGAAGGGAAAGUCAUGAUGAUGGAGAAUCACAGACGAGAUGUCUGGGACAUUAAUGGUAUAAGUGUUGGGUCUUUGAGAAGGUCACUUCCACCGCCUCUGAGGUUUCUUGAUGAAACUGGACUUCUGAAAGGGGACUCGAACUCUGAAUGGGGAUUCGAACCGAAUGGAACUUGGAGAAGAGGACGUACAGGUUAAGAAGGCCUGGAGAAGACAAUGUUAUUGGAGGAGGGUCGUUUUGUCCAAUUAUUUUCUUUCUUGUUUCAGCUUUGGAUUCUGAGGCUGAUCUAUGACUUUAGACGACGGUUAAGGAUUAAUUUGUUUCGUGUUUUGAAACAUAAAUAUCUUUACAAGAAUCAUCUUGAGGUGUUAUUGGAUAGUGAGAUAAAAUGAUUUUUGAGAGAACCUGACAGUGAAUAAACUCGGAAAUGAAUGUAGCUUGUUUGUCAGCAGAACGAUAUACAAAGCCCAAUGUCUUAGACUGAAAUGUAGCAAUAUUAUAUUAUUUUCUUAACAGAUUGGGGAAGCUGGUUUUUUUUCUUUCUUGAUUUUGUACCUCUGGCACCUUUUAAGUGUUUCUGGCUCACGUUAAUACAAACACAAAACAUUGGCACUUGAUAAAUAACAAGCCUUGUUUUAAUGAAGUAAUGUGUGCAAUAUGAUUGGCAACUGAUUGUGAGCCUCACUCAUAAGGGCUUGGCCCCGGUGAGAAUUUUAAUGAAGAGGACUUGUAUCAACCAAGUCCUUGAGGUCGAUCGAUAUCCUCUACUUUUACUGUUCACUGAGUAAAUAUACUGAUUUUUGAUGAA